UUACGCGCAAACAAAAUGAGAGCUUUUAUUUUGACAGUGACCUUUCUGUGGGUGAUCACAAUCCCCUGCAUGGAGGCCAUCCACGGAUUGUACAACUUUGGCCAACAUGAAUUUUUCCCCAAAAAGAACAAUUGCAAGCCCAUCCCUGCAAACUUCCUCCUGUGCCAUGAUAUCGAGUACACAGAGAUGCGUCUCCCGAACCUGCUCGGACACGAAACGAUGAAUGAGGUUCUGCAACAAGCUUCGUCCUGGAUCCCGCUAGUACGGAGGCAAUGCCACCCGGAUACAAGAAAAUUCCUGUGCUCGCUCUUCGCUCCCGUGUGUCUGGAUGACUUGGAUGAGCCCAUCCAGCCGUGCAGGUCUCUGUGCGAGAGCGUCAAGAACGGCUGCGCGCCCGUGAUGUCUGCGUUUGGGUUUCCGUGGCCGAGUAUGUUGGACUGCAGCCGAUUCCCACUCGAUAAUGAUCUGUGCAUACCGCCAGCAGGCAUGGAGAACAUUGCACCGGUCACGAAAGAAGUGCCCCGAGUGUGCGACGCUUGCAAGGAAACAGAUGAAAACGACAAUGAAAUUGUGGACAAUCUUUGCAAAAAUGACUUUGCCCUGAAGAUCAAAGUGAAAGAGAUCUUCUACAUCAACGGAGACACCAAGAUAGUCCCAGAGACCAAGAGCAAGACCAUCUACAAGCUGAACGGCGUGACGGAGCGUGACCUGAGAAAGACCGUGCUGUGGCUGAAGGACGGCCUGCAGUGUGUUUGCGAGGAGAUGAACGACAUCAACGCCGCUUACCUGGUCAUGGGCCAGAAGAUGGAUGGAGAUCUGGUCAUCACAUCUCUGAAGCGCUGGCAGAAGGGACAGCGGGAGUUCAAGAGGAUUACUCGCAGCAUCCGCAAGCUGCAGUGCUAGGAAGGACAACAAAGAGCAUGUCUCACUGUUUGAGGAGAAAGUUGUCACAAAAGUGGCUGUUAGGGUUCAUACUCUUCUCUAGAUUCCAGCACAGAUGUUUCUUUGACUUAGGAAACACACAUCCUGUGUUUUCCUUGGUCAACUCAUGGGUAAAAAAAAAACCUCCAUUUAGCUUAAAAUUAGGAAAUAUAAAGUAUAUCUGGUGCAGGCUAAAACAAUAUUAUUAUUUCUUGACUUUGUAAUUACAUUUUUGUGUGCUUUCAUGUUCUCAAAAGCGCUUUGCCCAAAUACUCUCAUGCUACUCUGAUCAAUAAGACCAUUUUAAGUGGUGGAUAAAAUAUGGCGUAUGUUUUUUAUCUAGUUUGGACACAGAAGUCUGAAAGCAAGAAGGCAUUUAAAGCUGCAAGUAAGAAGGCAUUUAAAGCUGCUGUUAGGAACUUUUCUCUUGUGUCGAUUCUGGCGCCCCCUGUGGACAAAGAUGUACAUCUUAUCUCUCUUGCCGAUUUUGUCCUUGUAUGUCAAAGCACUAUUUUUUAAGUGAAAGCUUAUAUUCUGCUUCCUUUUAAAAGUCAAUUAUAUCGCUCACUGUGAAAAUUGCUUUUGAAGAAAGGCUGCCUCUUCAGCGUGCUCUCAAUCAUCUGAUCUGACACCUACUUUCUCACUUUCUGUUACAGGUAUUAAGAAUUACAAUACUAAUAUUUGUAAUCCUGUUCCUGAUAGUCCCGUUCGGUUUUGCAGGACAUAAAGAAGCAUUAAUUUUCACAUUAUUAAGUUUCACAAGGCUUUAAAUUGUAGAAAAUUUCAGAUUUUGUCAAGUUCAAACAUUAACCCCCAUUCAUUUUGCACUUAGCAGGAAUGUGGCGCCCCCUGUGGUCAGUUUUACAGUGGUGUUUUGUUUUUUUCCUGGGGAGCUGUCACUUCAUUAAUUGCAGUUAAUUGCACUCAGCUGGUGUCCCAGGUGUACAGGAAUCACUAAUUACAUGGCCGGGGUGAAAACUAGCAGAGCUUUGACUCUGGGAUUAAAAAUGACUGACUCCAAAAAUCAUUGGCAGAUGUGGCCUAGCGUUGGCAAUCCUGCCAGGGAUUUAAAAGCGAGGCUUGGGAGGUACGAGAGGAUCUACAUGAACGUGGGAGAUAACGAGUCCGUGCUCAUAGGACCCUCCAAGUCUCUCUUGGAGAGCCUGUGCA